AUGGAUAAGAAAAUUAAAGCAGUGCAACUGAAAAAGAGGAUCGCCCUGGAGAACAUAAAAUCGCUGGAACGGUUCCAGGCGAAAUAUUCGAGUGAUGAUGCCAAGCAGAUUCCGGAGGUGUUAGAAGAUCUGGCGAAACAUAAGGAAGAGUUUUUCACCGCAGUUUCGAAACUGGAAGAGCUUGAAGAUAAAGACGAAGCGGUCGAAGCCAGCAUAAUGGAACGGAUCGACAUUGAAGAACGCUGUCGCAAGCUAAAAUCAUUUCUACGGGAAAGACAGCCAAAGGAAGAAGGUUCGCUCAACGAUACAACGGGCUUGGCUUCCUCAACGCUUGCAUUCGGUCGACCCCACGCGCCAAAUUUACGUUUGCCCAAAAUCGAACUUCCAACAUUUGACGGAGAUCACACAAAAUGGCUUUCUUUCCGAGAUCGCUUCAUCGCAAUGAUCGACGCUUCAGCCGAGCUUCCAUCUAUCGCGAAGCUACAAUACUUACUGUCAUCGUUGAAGGGGGACGCGGCGGUACCCUUCGAGCAUACACCUUUAACGGCGGACAACUAUUCGGUUACCUGGGCGGCGCUUCUUAAACGGUACGACAAUUCUCGUCUUUUGAUUCGCGAAUACUAUCGCAAAUUGCACUACCUUCCGGGAGUGCAAUUGGUGUGCGUUGACAAGCUCACGCACCUGGUGGAUGAAUUCACCCGCUUCGUCAACGGGUUGAAAAAGCUGAACGAACCGGUUGACUCGUGGGACACACCCCUCUCAAACAUGCUGCUGAUGAAGUUGGAUCGAGAGACAUUGUUGGCUUGGGAGAAACAUUCCGUGCACUUCACGACGGACAAAUAUAAGGAUGUGAUCGACUUCGUGCAAGAUCGUAUCCAAAUCUUGAAAUCGACCAACAACUUCGUGAAGGAUCAAGCAGCUAGUGGUAUCAAGGUGGCCGGUCUCAUUCGUCAACCAGGGCAACGGAGAUUCAUCGCGAAUGCAGCUACAUCUCGCUCGGCUCCUGCUGCAUCGACUGCGCACACCCAACAGCCAAAGUGUCCAUUGGAGUGUUCCGAAGACCACACACUGCGCAACUGUCCAGUGUUCAUCGCCAAGGAGGUCCAACAGCGACGGGACGUCGUCGCAUCGAAGCGGCUGUGCUGGAACUGUUUGAGCAGCAAUCAUCAGGUUAGAGCGUGCAAGUCGGAUUAUUCGUGUCGCACGUGUCGUGAACGUCAUCACACACUUCUACAUCAUUCACCACCCUAUGCUCCACCCGCAACGGUAACAUUGUCAGCUCAGUCGAAUGAAGACAAUGUGUUUCUGGCGACGGCAAACAUCCAGAUCAAGGAUGACUACGGGAACACCCAUGAAGCAAGGGCGUUGUUGGAUUCGGGAUCCAUGUCGAAUUUCAUCGCUGAGGAGUUCGCACAGAAACUGCUGACGAGUCGCAAAAGGGUCAACGUCGCUGUAUCGGGCAUCGGCAAUGCAGUACAGCAGAUCAAGGGUUCCAUCGUCGCUACCGUUCAGUCCAAGACACAACCCUUCGCAACGGAGAUGACUUUCUUGGUUCUGGACACGCCAUCCGCAAACAUCCCUACAUCACCAACGGACGUCUCUUCAUGGAAAAUGCCGGACGUGGCAUUGGCGGACAGCACCUUUAACAGUCCGGGGCAAAUCGACAUCGUCAUCGGAGGCGAUACGUUCUGGGAGCUCCACACCGGUCGCAAGUGCUCUAUCGGUAGAGGCAAACCGUGGCUGGUCGAAACCCACUUUGGUUGGGUUGUCACCGGCAACACUCAUCAUUCGUCAGUCGGUCCGCGGCUGUGCCAUCUAUCUGCAUACGACACCCCACUGGAGGAGACCAUGCAGCGGUUCUGGGAGAGUGAAACCAUAGCCGAGGAUCCUGUGCUAUCGGUUGAGGAGAAUGCUUGCGAGAAGCAUUUCGCAGCAACAACUGUUCGCAACUCAAGUGGAAGGUAUGUCGUUAGUUUGCCAUUUAACUCCAACCCUAAUAUCGUUUUAGGAGAGUCGAAGGAAAUAGCCGAUCGCAGACUGCGUUCUAUCGAACGGCGGUUGAACACCAAUGCUAAAAUGAAAGAAGAGUAUGUGAAAUUUAUGAAAGAAUAUGAGCAUUUGGGGCAUAUGAAGCGGCUUACCAGUCCUGCAAACGAUUCGGUAGAGCAUUACUACCUCUCACAUCACGCUGUCGUUAAAGAGUCAAGCACAACCACGAAGGUGCGUGUCGUGCUCGAUGCAUCCUGUAAGACUUCGAGUGGUUACUCAUUGAACGAUAAACUCUUAGUGGGACCAGUCGUUCAAGAAGAUCUUUUAUCGAUUAUCCUUCGGUUUCGUUCUCGUGCCAUUGCUCUCACUGCAGACGUAGAGAAGAUGUAUCGGCAAAUUUUACAUAGCCCUCAUGACCGUAACUAUCUACGCAUCCGGUACAGAGAACAUCCUGCAGAUCCUAUAUCGACCUUUGAGCUACAGACGGUUACGUACGGCACAGCCUCUGCUCCAUUUUUGGCAACCAGGACCCUCAAACAGAUUGCUCUUGACCACAAGGAAGAGUAUCCUUUGGCAAUGAACGCGGUCAUGAACGAUUUUUACGUAGAUGAUUUGCUAACGGGUACCGAUGAUUUGUCCGAAGCAAUCGUUAUACAAAGGCAAAUCUCAGACAUGCUAAAUUCAGCUGGUUUCACGCUGAAGAAAUGGGCAUCGAACCGCUCCGAAGCAUUGAGGAACGUUCCUUCAGAAGAUGUGGCGGUACAACUCUCGCACGAGUGGAAGAGCUCGAAACAAGUAUCCACACUAGGCAUCGUUUGGGAACCGGCAACUGAUACACUACGGUUUCGUAUUGAGAUACCACCUACAACACCCAGCAUGACGAAAAGGGAGGCGGCGGUGAAGGCAGCUAAAAAGCAUAUAGUCAGAACAAUAGGAACAACAAGCAUCACACAGGAGAGCAUGCUUACCCUACUUGCCCAGGUAGAGCAAUGUUUGAAUUCGCGACCAAUUACACCUCUAUCCGAUGAGCCGUCGGACUUGGAACCAUUGACACCGGGACACUUCCUCGUCGGUGGCAAUCUGCAAGCGGUACCAAUCAUCGAUUACACCGAGACACCGAGCAACUAUUUGAGGGAAUACCAGUUGGUACAAAAACAUCUGCAAACCAUUUGGGCUCGAUGGUAUCCGGAGUACCUGCAGCAGUUACAAGCUCGAGCCAAAUAUUGCAACGGGAAAUCAGCGGUUCUGAAAGAGAAUACACUGGUGAUUAUUAAGGAAGACAAUGUACAUCCUACCUCGUGGCCGAUGGGGCGCAUCGUUGCAGUACACCCUGGAAAGGACGAUGUUGUUCGCGUCGUUACACUGCGCACUGCUUCAGGGAAGCAAAUCGUCCGCGCAGCUAAUCGUCUGGCGGUCUUGCCUAAUCCGGACGUAAUUGGCAACUUAGAACAGAAGGAAACCACUGGCACUGAGUAA